UCCAGAUGCUUUAUGCAGGCCUCCUCCGCCCCACGCUGAAGUUGCCAGCUUCACAGAGUUGCAACCUCUUGAUUCAUCGUACAGGCCAGUAUCCACAUGUGUGACUGGAACUACAAGGUUGCACGCAGACCCACAAGUGCUCGCCUUCAUGGAAAGGAUAUUACAAAUACUGAAUGGUAUUAAGCAGACCCAGCAGGCCCAUUCACAAUAUCUUAAUGAGCUGCUCAGCAAUGCAGACAGUGCUCCGUCGCACCCUUGUCACCUCCCAGAGUUGCCUUUUUCGGAUGUGGCAGACGUGCUCGACUAUGAGAAAAAACUACAGACAGACAAACAAGCUCAACAUCAGAUGAAGAAGCACAUGGCUGUCCAAGGAGGGGACUCAACAAAACAGAAAACAACACGCAUACUACAGUCCCUCCUGAGCUGGAAUGCUGCAAUCAGCUUCAGCUGGUUUGGUGCGAAGGGGAAAAAAAAAUUCUCCGAGCUGCAUCUGUGCAAGCUUAUGUGUGGCACAUUGACUAAUGACGCAAGACACCCAGAUGCCACGCUAGAGGAUGUCGAGAGGGCCGCCAUGACGUGGUUCCGCCAUGCUGCCGAGCGGCUUGCUGCGCAACAAACAUAA